AUGGAGGAAAAAGUUACGACGAAUUACCUCGAGGAAAAGUGUUUCCAUGAGACGUUUGUUGCCCCGCAGUGGCUGCCUGGAGGCAACUCGUUCUGGUACCGUCGACAAGUCGAUAUAGGCAGAUUCAGCAAAUUCAAGUUCAUCCUUGUUGACAUUCUCGCCAAGUCCGUCAGACCUGCUUUUGAUCAUCAUCGACUAGCUCGUGCCCUCGGGAGAAUUACAGGAAAUAAAAUCGACGGAGGCAAUCUGCCUUUUACCUGGAUCGAACUGCAAGACUCUGUCGUUCGCUUCCGCUUCCAGGAGCACAUUUGGCAAUACGAUCCCGAAAAAGGCUUAUCAGGGUGGCCGGGGAAGUUUACUCAGGGAAACGCUCUCCUGAUGCGGAGACAGGAGCCCAGCGGCUCUACCUUGUCUUCACCGCACGCCACAGUUGGCUUUGUCAACAUUACGAGGUCAAAGCUGGAUCUGUUCUUCGUGGACGGAUUUGGGGCAGCGAACUACUUCAUGCCCAUCCCGAGUGGCAAGACGGUGUUCCAAAAAACAAGUGUCAAAGCUGUCUGGAGGAUUGAGGAUGGAGAUACACACCAGCUGAGAGGCAUCUAUUGUGUCACAAACCCUGGAUACAACGUUGUAUAUGUGGGCGAGGUUGAUGUCGACGAGUAUCUGGGCGAUGCCGAACUUCCCUAUGGCUGGGAGCAGCGGAGAGAUGAGAACGGGCGUGUGUUCUAUUUGGAUCAUAACACUAGGACUGCCCAUUGGGUCUGUCCUACCGUUGCUGGUGCUGCGGAUGCUCAGUCAGAGAAUGGUACCGCGGAUGCUCAGCCAGAGAAUGGUACUGCAGAUGCUCAGCCAGAGAAUGGCGCUACGGAUGCUCAGCCAGAGAAUGGUGCUGCGGAUGCUCAGUUAGAAAAUGGUGCUGCAGAUACUCAGUUAGAGAAUGGUGCUGCGGAUGAUCAGUUAAAGAAUGGCAAUGAGGUGGGAGAGUUGGAGAAUGACGAUAAGGUGGGAGAGUUGGAGAAUGGUGAUGAGGUGGGAGGGGAUGACGAGGCUGAAAAACAGCAAGUCACCCUCGUUCAAGAAGAACUGAGUGGCGAAGACCGAACCGAAAUAUAUUCCCUGCUUGCAGAGUUAUCUGAUUCCGAGGACUCUCACUACGACGGAUCCAUGCUUUACCUUUCCCCGAACAAUGAUUACGCCGUUGCUUGGCAGUACACAUCUGGCAGUGCCACUGAUGAAUACUGGGUUCAGUAUUGUUCGGACCUUCAACCUAAUCCAAGGUUAAUCAAAGAAUAUAAAUUCCUUCCAACGGACCGCCUUCGAGUUGAUCGCCCUCGUCUUUUCAAUCUUGCUUCAAAAUGUGAAGUUCCGACAGAGGAUGCUCUAUUCUCAAAUCAUUAUCAGCUACAUCACUUGGGCUGGAGUCCGGAUGGGUCAGAGUAUCGAUUCUUAUAUGAUGGGCGCGGCCACCAGGUCUUAAGAGUUCUGGGCAUACAUCAAUCUGGGUCAAUCCGAGUGUUGUACGAAGAGAACAGCAACACAUUCAUUGACGUCGCAUCAAAGCUAUACUAUACCCAGUUAUCUGGCUCUGAUAAAAUGAUAUGGGCCAGUGAGAGAGAUGGCCAUAAUCAUUUAUAUCUGAUCGACUUACAACAAGGCAAGAUACACAACCAGAUCACAAAGGGCGAUUGGAAUGUGGCUGUGGUGGACCGCAUUGAUGAGAAGACCCAGAGAAUUUGGCUGUCUGCAUAUGGAUUCCACCCAGGCGAAGACCCGUACCACUUGCAUCUGGUCCGUGUUAACUUUGAUGGUACGGGAUGCCAGGCUUUAACAGAUGGAAAUGGAACCCAUCUUUGGAGCUGGCCAUUUGAUAGCCAACAGUUCUUUGUUGACUCCUGGUCACGGGUCGACCUCCCUCCGCAGACUGUGGUACGAUGUUCAGAGACGGGCAUUGUUCAACUGAAACUUGAGGGUAUCUCCGCUAGAAAGCUCAAGCUGCAGGGCUGGGUCCCGCCUCAAAGGUUCCAUUGCCCUGGACGAGAUGGGGAAACCCUGAUUUACGGCAUCAUUACCAAGCCCCUCCACUUCGACAUAACUCGCUCGUAUCCUGUAAUCGAGUCAGUAUAUGCAGGCCCAUACGAUUUCUUUACACCGAAAAGCUUUGGGCAAGUUGCUUAUAACGGUCCCUGGGCAACCGGACACUAUGUCUCGGUUCAGCUUGAUGGCAUGGGUACCAAUUGGCGCUCCAAGCGAUUUCACGAUGUUUGUUAUAGAAACUUGAAUGAUGGAGGUUUUCCUGAUCGUAUCAUCUGGAUAAAAGAGGCUGCAAAGACGCGACGUUGGAUGAACCUGGAUCGAAUGGCUAUCGUUGGCACAUCUUUCGGAGGGUAUAAUGCUGCAGCCGCGUUGCUUCAUUUUGGCCACUUCUACAAGGUUGCUGUUUCUGACUCAGGUACACAUGAUGCUAGCCUUGUCCCUCAUUGGUGGGCUGAGCAGUGGUUAGGCUAUCCAAUUGGCAACUUAUCAUUUGCCCACCAGUCAAAUGUGAGCCAUGCUGGGGAGCUUCCAGAUGAUGCAAAGUUGAUGCUUGUGGUUGGAGGAAUGGACUCGACCCUCAAUCCUGCAUCAACUAUGAGAUUUGUUCAGCAACUGAACAAGGCGGAGAAGAUGUACGAAUUUGUCUUUAUUCCAGAAGGAGGCCAUAACUGCGGUUCGCAUGGGUAUGGGCUGAAGCGAGUGGACGCCUUUUUAAAGCGUGCGUUACUUGAAUCAGCUGAGGAGCCAACUUAG